CCCCCCCCCCCUACCCUACCCCCACCCCCACCCAAUCCUUCUAUAUAGGCUUGUUCGUUGUACUUGCAAAAAGACUUCUCAGUUUCUCACAUUAUUGGUAAUUAAUUAAUUUCCUCUCUUCGAUCCCCAUUUCUAGAAAAAAAAAAAUAACUGAUCGAAUACUUGAAUUCGUAGAUUUAUUUAUGGAAAGAGGAUGGGGUCUAGCCCUAGAUAACAGCGCCGAUCAAGUUGGAUUUUUUGGAAACAAGCAGGUUUUUGGAGAUCAUCAUCAUCAUCAUCGGAGUGGUACUACUAGCAGCGGUUUGAUUAUGUUUCCGGUGAAUUCGAGGGUUAGGGAAGACGACGACGGCGGCGCCGCCGCGUCAUCGCCGCCGCGCGGCGAAGUGGACUUUUUCGCGGAGAGGAAUAAGCCAACUGUCAAGACGGAAAGUUCACACGCUGAGACGUCCGCCGCCUGCAGAGAAUUUAACGUCAACACUGGUUUGCAACUGGUGACUGCGAAUACCGGAAGCGACGAAUCAACGGUGGAUGAUGGGGUUUCCUACGAUGUUGAAGAUAAGAGAGCCAAAAUUGAGCUGGCACAUCUUCAAGUUGAACUGGAAAGAAUGAACACUGAAAAUCAAAGAUUGAAAGGAAUGCUGACUCAGGUCAACGAAAAUUACUCAGCACUACAGAUGCAUUUUAUGGCAUUGAUGCAGCACCAGCAAAAUUCAACUACUGAUAGCACCAAACAAAAUCAGAUUGUUGAAAGAAAAUCUGAAGAAAAGAAAUUAGCGAUAGUUCCAAGGCAGUUAUUGGACUUGGGCGUCGGCGGCUGCGGCGACGACCUCAUGACGGAGGAACAAUCGAACUCGUUAUCGGAAGAAAGAACGAUUUCCGGUUCACCUCAGAAUAACAACAUGGAAUUAUCGAGGAAUAAGAGGAUUGGCCGUGACGAGAGCCCGGAAUCUGACAGCUGGCAUCGGAAUAAAACUCCCAAAUUGGAUAAUCCGGCGAAACCCGUCGAACAAACCGCCGAUGCAACUAUGCGGAAAGCACGUGUCUCCGUUAGAGCACGUUCAGAAGCACCCAUGAUUUCCGACGGGUGCCAAUGGAGAAAGUACGGACAAAAAAUGGCGAAAGGGAAUCCGUGCCCACGUGCUUAUUACCGGUGCACUAUGGCCGUCGGAUGUCCGGUGCGGAAACAGGUUCAGAGGUGCGCCGAUGACCGUACGAUUCUGAUCACUACCUACGAAGGUACGCACAACCACCCGCUGCCUCCGGCGGCCAUGGCGAUGGCGUCCACCACCUCCGCCGCAGCCAGCAUGCUUCUCUCCGGCUCCAUGCCAAGCGCCGACGGGUUGAUGAACCCUAAUUUUCUGGCCAGAACAAUUCUCCCAUGUUCGUCGAACAUGGCCACCAUCUCAGCUUCUGCUCCUUUCCCCACCGUCACUCUCGACCUCACACAGACACCAACCCCGUUGCAGUAUCAAAGACCACCGCCGGUGCAGUUCCAGCUCCCGUUUCCUCAAAACUUUGCCGGCGCCGUCCAAACGCCGGCGGCUCCUCAGGGUUUCGGGCAAGGUCUUUAUAAUCAAUCCAAGUUUUCCGGUCUGCAAAUGUCUCGGGCCGUCAGUAGUGAAGCUGCGCAAGUGCAGGGACAGUCGUCGCAGCAGUCCUUCGCCGACAGCCUGAGCGCUGCCACGGCGGCGAUAACUUCGGAUCCGAACUUCACGGCAGCCCUCGCCGCGGCAAUCUCAUCCAUUAUUGGUGGGUCCCACCAGAAUAACGCCAACCAGUCGUCUACUACACCCAACAACCCUAACGUAAAUACAAGUAAUAGCAACAAUUUUCCGGGGAAUUAAAUUAAUUACAGAUUAAAAAGUGUUAAACCAGUUUAUUCAUUAAAUCUUGUAUAAGAUACUUUUUCUUCUGCCUGAUUGUUCUUUAUUUCUUCAUUUCUGGUUGUACAAUAUGGAGAAUUGACACGUGUUCAUAUGUUUUUUUUUUUUCGUUUAAUUGUAUUAACCAAGUUUAGGACCAAACAAAAUAUACAUUCAUUGUUAUUGUUUUA